AUGGAAAGAGCGGUUUCUGAAGUAGCGACGAGAUGGUUGGACCUUGCCUUAUUUCCUUCUUUUUCUUCUUCUUCAACUUGCUUCCAUUCUCUCAAGCUCUCGAAGCUUCUCACUGCUCCAUCAAAGGGUUUACUCUGGUAAGGAACAUUGGUGAACUUCCACAGGGUGAUUAUGGAAGAGGAGGCUUAUCCCACAUAACUGUUGCCGGUUCACUCUUGCAUGGGUUGAAAGAAGUUGAGGUUUGGCUUCAAACAUUUGCUCCAGGAUCGCGCACACCAAUCCAUAGGCACUCUUGUGAAGAAGUUUUUGUUGUUCUCAAGGGGAGCGGCACUCUCUUUCUUGCCUCAAGUUCACAUAAGUACCCUGGAAAACCAGAAGAGCACUUUAUAUUUUCAAAUAGCACAUUUCAUAUCCCUGUCAAUGAUGUUCACCAGGUAUGGAAUACAAAUGAACAUGAGGAUCUGCAAGUGCUUGCAAUAAUAUCUCGCCCUCCCAUCAAAGUGUUUAUAUAUGAGGACUGGUUCAUGCCUCACACUGCAGCUAAGUUGAAGUUCCCGUACUCUUGGGAUGAACAGUGCUUUCAAGAACCUCAGAAAGAUGAGCUUUAAUUCUUGACCACCCCUUUCCAUAGUACUUAGUACAUUGUCAUGGGCUCUUUUGUGCACUCAAAAACUGUUUGAUGUCAUUUUCUCAAAGAAGAAUUUGGGACUAGGGAAAUAGCUGAUUUAAAUUUGCAAACAAUGAGUGAUGAAGAAGGCUUGAGGGCCUUGUAAUUAAGUUUUCAUGACAUUGGCAUAUACUCUGCAUGAUAGUAAAUGAAAAAUUUUCAACACGGAUUUUGAUGUUU